AUGUCGACACCAUACAGAGCAGCUUUGGAGCACACAAUACAAUGCUGCCGCCGACGACCAAUUGCCAUUGAUGCUGUUAAGCAGCGCCCAGUCAAGCAGCGCACACGACAAUUCAGCAAGACACAACGACGAUGGGUGUCAGAUGGUUCAAGGCCACCAACGCCGCCCGGCAUGCCAGGACCAAGCAAAGUCGUUGCGCCUAAGACAAGAGUCGCAGUCGGAGUCGUGUUUCUCAGCGCAUUAAUAUACUCGAUGGCUACUGGUGACAGACCACCUCCUCCUUCCGCCGACCCCUCCCAGCAACCACCACCCCGCAGCGGCCUCCAACUAGACAGCCCAAGCAUAGCAGAGCGAGACAACCUAAGUAAGCGCGAAUCCGGCAUCUCCGCCACCUCUCCAAUGCGUCUGCGCAUGGAGGCAUUCAUUAAAGAGAAUCAACAGGACAUCGUCCGCACCCUUGAAACCCUCGACGGCACACCCUUCCAGAUAGACAAAUGGGACCGACCUAAUGGCGGCGGUGGAAUUAGCUGUGUCCUUCAAGACGGGAACGUAUUUGAGAAAGCGGGCGUGAAUACGAGUGUGGUUUACGGCACACUGCCGAGAGCGGCGAUCAGUCAGAUGAGAGUUAAUCAUAAAGCUCUUGACCCGGAUGUGGAGAGUUUGGAGUUCUUUGCGGCGGGUUUGAGUCUGGUGUUGCAUCCUGUCAAUCCUAUGGCGCCGACCGUACAUCUGAAUUACCGAUACUUCGAGACGGCGAAUAAAGACGGGAGCACGAAUGCAUGGUGGUUCGGUGGCGGUACCGAUCUAACGCCGAGUUACCUCUUCGACGAGGAUGUCAUACACUUCCAUCGUGGGAUCAAGGAGGCUUGCGAUGCGCAUGACAAAGACUAUUAUGCACGGUUCAAGAAGUGGUGUGAUGAGUACUUCUAUGUCAAACAUCGAAACGAGACGAGAGGAGUGGGAGGGAUCUUCUUCGAUGAUCUGGACGAUACGGAGAAGGAUCAGGAAUCCUUGUUCGCUUUCAUCCAAGGCUGUUUAGGAGCUUUCCUACCCUCAUAUCUACCAAUCAUCCAAAAGCGAAAGGAAAUGCCGUACACGGAAAAGGAAAAGCAAUGGCAACAGCUACGAAGAGGGCGGUAUGUGGAGUUCAAUCUUGUACAUGAUAGAGGCACUGCGUUCGGGCUCAAUACUCCGGGUGCGAGAAUCGAGAGUAUCUUGAUGAGUCUGCCGCUGACGGCGAGGUGGCAAUACCAGCAUGAGCCUGAGAAGGGGAGUCGGGAGGAGAGGUUGGUCAAUGUGCUCAAGAAGCCUGUGGAGUGGCUGUGA